AUGAGACUGGUCCCAUUCGAACCGACUCGAGCUCGCUGUCACGACCCUCCAGGUUUCCUGGUCGGGAAGCCUGAAACCAGUCGGCGAUAUCGACUAGUUUUCUCCGGUUGUUCCCGACGACGCCCGGCGUUUCCGGCGAGCUCCUCUGUCGAAUCAGGUAUGUUUUCGAACCCUCUCUGCCAGCCCUAG